AACAUGAACUGGCUCUGCACACACUGAGAGACCAGGUAGCCAAUCAGAGUGCAGUGAGUCAGGAGCAGGUGGACAGCAUCCUGCAGGAGAACGAUGCUCUGAGGACAAACCUAGCUGCUCUAGAACAGGAGAACAGUGCUCUGAGGACUAAUCUGAGCGCUCUGGAACAGAUCCAGACGGUGAAGACGCAGGAGAUGAAUCUGUUGCGUGAGCAGCAGGAGGCGCUGACCCUGGAUCUGCAGCAGAGACGAUCCGAGCAGGAGAGUCUUCUGAACCAGAGGGACGACCUGGACUCACAGCUGCAGGAGUCGAGUUUUGCCAACAGGAAGUUGUUGGAGCAGCUAACAGAGGAAGGACAAGAGAAGGACAAACUGCUCAAAGAUCUGGACGAGUCCAAGAAGACGGCAGAGAAGAGGAAGGCCAUGUUGGAUGAAAUGGCGGUGCAGCUGAUGCAGGAGAAGUCCGACCACAAGGAGGCGCUGUCUGACCUCAAACUGCAGCACGAGAAGGAGGUCCUCGGGGUGAGGGCUCGAUAUGAGAAGGAGCUCCGAGGCCUUCACGAAGACAAGAACCGCUCCGAGGAGGAGAUCCGACAGCAGCUGAGAGAUGAAAAGGCGCGGUCGAAGGCGCUGGAGGGGCUGCAGCAGCGGGUCGAGGAGCUGCAGGCUCAGGUUCUGUCCAUGGAGGGAACCAAGGGAUGGUUCGAGAGACGACUGAAGGAGGCCGAGGAGAACAUCGAGAAGAAGACUCUGGAACAUCAGGAGGAGGUCGAGCGGCUGCAGAAAGAACACACACUUCAGCUGGAGGAGAAGCAGACGGAGAUGGAGGGGUUGAAGCAGCAGCUGCAGGAGGUGGAGAAACAGAAGGAGGAGCACAACGCCGCCAUGGAGAAACUCAAACAGGAGAUAAAGGACACUGUGGACGGGCAGAGGAUUUUAGAGAAGAAGGGAAGUGCAGCGCUGAAGGACUUGAAGCGGCAGCUGCAGCUGGAGAGGAAGAGAGCGGACAAACUGCAGGAGAGACUGCAGGAGAUCCUGACCAACAGCAAGACCAGGACAGGUCUGGAGGAGCUGGUUCUGUCAGAGAUCAACAGUCCCAGUCGGAGUCAGCCCACCGGAGACUCGUCCUCAGUCUCCUCCUUCUCCUACAGAGACAUGAUGAAGGAGUCCCAGCCGACCAAUCAGAACAAGUCUGGAGGAGGCAGCCCUCAGUCUCAGCGUCCGGCCGAGUUAUCUGACGACGAGGUCGGGGAGUUGUUCCAGCGCCUGGCCGAGGUGCAGCAGGAGAAAUGGAUGCUGGAGGAGAAGGUGAGCAGCCACUUCUUACCUGUCUUCAUCUCUACUAGUCUACUUGCACUGUGAACCCGGAGAUGUUGA